UGUCUUUUUUCCUGAUGAUGCAAUACCUAAUUACCCCGUGAGUCAUAGCAGUAUUGAAUAUAUACAGUGCCCCCAAGCUUACGUCCCUGGAAGAUAGGUAUGUGAACUAAUUAUACAAAAAUUCAAAGUAACCAAUCGAAAGCGUCCAAAAUGUAGUACAUUCCACGAUUGGUGCAUUCCGUGCUAUAUUUAAUUAGUUUUUGCUUUACAUUUUCCAUCUCCAGUUUUAUACAAAACUCGUCUUUUCGAAAACGUGUACACCUUGGAUUUGCGAUAACAUACGGUAGUUGGAAAUUGCGUAGAAGCCCUAAAUCAUGAGUUUAGACAGAAAUUGUUGUUAAUUCGAAUGCUUGCAAGUGGUCGCAGUUGUUAAAAACCUGGUCAGAGGUACACCGUAGUUCAUGGCCGUGCUCGUCGUGGUUUCGUAGAGAAUGGUUUGUAAAACGAGGGAUUAUCGUGAUGAUCUGAAUCAUACCAAGUCAACGCAGUGGUUAGAGGAAUGUAUUCAUGUCAAAUAUAUGGGAAAACAUGAGGUUAGUAAACGCCUGCAGUUCCGAUGAAGAUGAUUGGUCCAUUGGAGAUAACGGUUCACGCACACCAGUAUUGAAAGCAGUACCUUGAAAGAGCCACGGAAAUUUCAAAGGCAGAUGCGGGGCCGCUGGUGAAAUGUCUGACGGUUCGCGGUCCAACUCAUCGCAACGUGGUAGGCAUGGUGGCGGUAGAUGGAGGCGGGGAGGAAAUAAUAACCAAAUGGACCAGUCCACCUUUCGGCCGUAUCGUGGGGGCAGGGGAGGGCCACGACCUGCUAGCACUAAUUAUAGGGACCGAGAUAGAAAUGAGCUUGAGGAAGAUACUGAUGAUUCGUCACGUGGUCACGACGCGGGCACCUCUCGUGCGCAUCGCAGGGGAAGGGGAGGGCCACGAUCCGCUAGCGCUCAUUAUAGGGGCCGAGAUAGAAAUGAGCUUGAGGAAGAUUCGUCACGUGGUCACGACGCGGGCACCUCUCGUCCGCAUCGUAGGGGCGGGGGAGGGCCACGUACCGAAAGCGCGAAUCACAGGGACCGAGACUUUUACAGGAGACAGUUCGUAGAUGAUAAAAUGCUAAGAUUCAAAAAGUUAGAAGAGCUGAGUGGUAUGGAUCCGGAAGAGAUAAUCAUCGAAUUAGUUCUCAAGAGAAACGGCUUUCGGGAUCUGCUCGAUAGCCAAAAUUUAACGGACGACACCUUAGUAUUGAUCAUUCGAGUGCUGGUGAAAGUCUGCUCGGUUCCUUUAAAAAGCCACAAGAUGGCGAUCAUAAAUUUGGCGCUCAACGAAAACUUCCACAGGGCGCUGCAGAAUUGCUUGCUUCAAAUGAUGUUCGCUACUGCGACGGACAAGAAGCGAUCUUCCUACUUUUGGCAUGACGCGCAAGGUUUCUUCGAUAACGCUCGCGCGGUUUUCCAAUCAAUUUUCGAGACUGCCCCGACGAGAGCUUGCGAGGUGGUGACGAAGACGAUCGAUGUUAUUAAUCACACGUUGGAGAAACUGAGUGUGGUUUCGGAGGAGAUUAAGGAAAAUUUUCACAAAUUACAUGAUAAGAUGAAGAUGUACGCAGAUGAGAUCGAAAUAAAAAAGGCGGCGAAAGCGAGUUCGGUCGAGGAGCAUUACGAGGAGCCCCCAGAUAAUUUCCGCGAGCUUACCGUUUAUCCAACCUACAAUGAAAUCAUGUCCGACAGCUUUGUGCGAAAAAACCUAAUCGAUAGACCCUACAACAGCGUGGAUCACUACCUGGACGUGCAGUUUCGGUUGCUGAAAGAGGAUUUCGUCGGCCCCCUAAGGGAGGGCAUAUCCGAGUUUCAGAUGUUCAACAAACCCUUUGGUCGCUGCAAAAAGUUCUCCAACAUUCGCAUUCACAAGGACGUAACGUUUGUUUCGCCGUACUGCUCGAGGGACCAAGCCGGUGUUCUGCUCCAGUUCGAGCUUGUCGACCGGAAGAAGAAGAAAGAAACCAAGAAUUAUUCUUACAACAGACGCUUUAUGUUUGGUUCGCUGGUGUGCUUUACCAGAAAUAAUUUUGAACAUUUGCUCUUUGGAAAAAUUAUCGAACGAGACCAGAAACAGCUGGAAAAGGGCCAGGUUGUUGUCGGUUUUGAACCCGGAUACGACAACUAUGUUUUAAAUGAACCGUAUCUCAUGGUGGAGUGCACUGUGUAUUUCGAGCCUUACUACCACGUGCUGAAGGCCUUGCAAAGUACUUAUGAGGACGAUUUCGCCAUGAAAAAAUAUAUAAUCGACGUGGAUCCUAACAUCGUGCGACCUCAGUAUUUGUAUGAUACAAGCUCCUAUCUCAUCGAUCACUUGCACGUUGAUUUAUUCGAUGAAGAAUGGCCUACGGCAACGCAGCUGAGCUUAAACGACAGCCAACACUCGGCGUUUAAGGCCGGCCUAACCCAAGAGUACGUAGUCAUUCAAGGCCCUCCUGGCACCGGAAAAACAUUCCUUGGUCUCAAAUUGGCCAACACGUUUAUUAAUAACCACUCCCAAUGGCACGACGAUAGUCCAAUGCUGGUGGUAUGCUAUACGAAUCACGCCCUGGAUCAGUUUUUGGAGGGUAUCAUACCGAUCACAAGCAAAGUCGUACGCAUCGGAGGACAGUCGAAAAGCAAAGACUUGGAAAGAUUCAAUCUGAAGGAGAAACGAAAAGAGGUGGCCGACCGUCUAAGGGCCCGAGGCUACGGUAAGGCCCUGUACCAGUUUCGCAACGAACUCGCCGACUACAUACGCCAAAUCAAGAACUGCGGCGAGCAACUGGAGCAGAUCAGAAACGGCGAAGGGGUACUCGUCAAUUUCGACGAGUUCGCCAAAAUCGACCCGGAAUACUCAACCAGCUGGUUCAUUAGAGCGAAAGAUCAGGAAAUUACGAAUUGGCUUUUUGAGCGAAAACGAAUUCCGCGCGGUGAACUGCGCAAAGUAAACGUGAAGGAUGUCGACAACGAAUUGGGAGAAGCGGAAAGGGAAUUCGACGAACUACAAAACAACGAAAUAAUCGCGAACGCCUUUAACGAUCAAGACGACUUUUUGUUUUCGUUUACAGGAAAUAAUAUAAAAUAUUUGCUUCGAGUAGACGAAAUGCAGGCGGCGGCUAAUAUGCUCAGGGCGCAAAUAGAAUUUCUCGGAGAGGAAGAUCAUAAUAUGGUUUACAGCAAGAGGUUAGAGUUGAUUGAGCAAAUUAUUAAAUUGGAGGACGAUAUUGAAUACGUCCAGAACCGCUUCGAGGAGUACAGAAACAUCACCGUAAAAAAUAGACCUCAAGGAUGUAAUUUAAAUAAUCCAUCAGAAAUGAGUGCAAACGACCGCUGGACGCUCUACUUCCAUUGGCUGCACCUGUACGAGAACUACCUCGUUCGGCAGCUGACUGUACUCGAAGGUGGCCGUAGAGAAGUCUAUAAGCAAUAUAUAGAACUGCAGCACCUUCAAGACGUCGAGGUCAUGAGGCAAAUGUUAGUCGUAGGAAUGACGACGACCAGUGCGGCUCGUCUUCAAACGGUUCUUCAAAGUUUGCGCUCGCCAAUUGUGAUAGUCGAGGAGGCCGCCGAAGUUCUGGAAGCGCACAUUAUAGCGUCGUUAACCAAUCACUGUCAGCAUUUAAUCUUAAUAGGCGAUCACCAACAGCUCAAACCGAGCACUGCAAAUUAUCGUAUGGAGGUAAAGUACCAACUGGGCAUCAGUCUUUUUGAACGAAUGGUACGGAACAACAUACAAUGUCAUACGCUCGGAGUGCAGCACCGUAUGAGGCCGGAAAUUGCCAAAUUAAUUGUUCCCGCCGUCUAUCCAAAAUUGGACAAUCAUCCUUCCGUUGAAAAUUUUCCCAACGUUAAAGGAGUCGACUUCAACUUGUAUUUUAUUGACCACCAUCACAAAGAGGAAGAGGUGCACGAUAGUAAGGUGAACCGGCACGAAGUGAGCUAUAUAAUUGCAUUGGCAAGGCAUUUAAUUCUAAACGGAUACAAGCCCGAAGACAUAACCAUCCUAGCCGCGUAUUCCGCCCAAAUGUUCGCAUUGUGGGAAGAACGGAAACGUUUCACUCAUUUACUGAAGGACGUCCGUAUCGCCGUGCUGGAUAAUUAUCAAGGAGAAGAGAGCAGAAUUAUCCUGUUGUCCCUUGUGAGAAACAACAACGAGGGAAAUAUAGGUUUUUUGAAAAUCGAUAAUAGAGUAUGCGUCGCCCUCUCCCGGGCGAAAGAGGGUCUCUACAUCAUGGGAAACAUUAGCCUGCUCUGCCAAGCCAGCGAGAUUUGGCCGAAGAUCAAGACGGUUUUGGUCGAUCAGAACUCUCUGGGACGAUCAUUGCGCCUUCGUUGUCAAAUUCAUACGAAGAAUGUAACCGAAAUAGAGAAUUUGAAAGAUUUUGAAAAUGUAUCCGAAGGGGGGUGUAACACAAUGUGCGAUAGCAUAAUGAAUUGCGGCCAUGUUUGCCCAAAGGUUUGCCACAUCAUCGACAGGCAGCACGAAAAUAUCUCCUGCAAAGCCAACUGCACCAGGAUCUUGUGCGACAACGAGCACGUGUGUCCUAAAAUGUGCUUUGAAGAAUGUGGCCCAUGCAUGGUGCUAAUGAAAAGGACACUAAAAUGCUCUCACGUUAUUAGCCUUACUUGUUCAACUGAUUUGGAUACGGUUAAGUGUAUGCAACUGGUCACUGCAAAAUUGCCAUGUGGACAUACUGACUCAAAUAAGCGGUGCCAUACACCUGUGGAUGUUCACAUUUGCCCUUUCCCAUGUACGGUACGUGUGGAACCGUGCGGGCACGCAUGUUCUUUAAGUUGUCACAUUCGUGAUGACCCGGACCAUCUAAUUUACGUGUGCAGGAAGAAAUGCGAAAAACCGGCGAAAGGUUGCUCGACGGGCGAUCAUAAGUGCAAAAGAGAUUGUUGCGAGGAAUGUUCGUUAUGCGAGGUGAUAGUGGAAAAGAGAAGGACGACGUGCACUCACCGAUUGCAGAUUCCGUGCAAUGAGGAUCCUAACGAAAUUGUGUGCAAAAUGGCGUGCCGCCGACUGCUGCCCUGCGGCCAUGCUUGCAAGAAGAAAUGUUCAGAAACGUGCGGGGACUGUAGAGUUAUGGUCGCGAAAGAAUUGAGCGUGUGCCAUCAUGAAGUGAAGGUGAAAUGCAGCGAAACACCUAGCAGAGAUCGCUGUACCGGACAGUGUCCGCUUACUUUAAACUGUGGUCACGUUUGCCAGGCCAAAUGCAAUGAACCGUGCACUAAACUGUGCGGGCACUUGGUCGAACACGAUAAGAUUGCGGACUGUGGUCACAAGUUUAAAAUCGCAUGUCAUCUGAGAACUAAAGUUCUUCCCGGAAACUCGUAUAAGCUGCUUCGAUUCUGUGAUAGUCCAUGUAAUGCGGUUUUGGAAUGUGGUCAUACAUGCUCUGGAACUUGCGGCUCUUGUGCGCAGGGCCGUAUCCAUGCCACUUGCAAUCAGAAGUGCGGACGUAUUUUAGUUUGCGGACACGAAUGUCCGUUUCCAUGUCGUGAAGCAUGCCAACCGUGCAACCUUAGGUGCACUUACAAGUGCGCGCACAGCAUUUGUGGCAAGCAGUGCGGCGAACCCUGCACUAAAUGCGCCGAAAGUUGCGAACGACGCUGCAUACACUCAGACUGUGCAAACAGAUGCGGUGACAUAUGUUCCGUGGCACCCUGUACAAAUCCGUGCAAGAAAAAAUUGAAAUGUGGACACGACUGCGUCGGUUUCUGCGGGGAUCCUUGUCCCCCACUGUGCCGGGUUUGCCACUACGACGAUCUAACCGAGACGUUUUUCGGCACCGAAGACGAGGAGGGCGCAAGAUUCGUUCUGCUCGACGAGUGUGGCCACAUCGUAGAAAGUACCGGAAUGGAUCAGUGGAUGACGGUGGACGAUGGUAACGCCAUAAAGUACAAGUGCUGCCCGAAGUGCAAAACCCCACUGACAUCCACGCAGCGUUACAGCAGCUUCAUAAAGCAAACCCUGCAGGACGUAUACGCUGUGAAGCUGAAAUUUUUUGGAAACGUCAAGGAAAAUGAGGAGAAACGCGCCGAGUUACUCGGAAAAAUGAAUGAUUUAGAAAAACUGACAAAUGAAAUGCCCGCUUCCGCGCUCCUACUCCAGAAAAUCGUUAAGAAUCUAAAAAAUUCGGUUCAAGUAGUACACAAAGGACGCAAGAUCACCCUGAAUUCCAGCCUUAGUAGGAUAUACCUAUCGAAAAUGCAAGUACUGGAAAACAUCAUCAAAUCCUUCAUAGCUGUUAAACUCGGUUCCGCAACUGUCAUACAUGUCGCCAUAGAAGACAUGGAGUUUUUGCUGAAUUCCUUAUCGCGCGAGGGGAACACGAUGACCAAUCAAGAAAUAUCCGACAUACGCAAGGAAACUAACCGAUUCUCUCACAAAGUGCAACUGCUCAAGAUAUCCGAAAGUGACGAGGUCUUCAAAGCGAAAAUUUAUGGAAACUCCUACAAUAAGAAGCUAUACGAAACGAUCUACUACAAACUCGCUUCCAUUUCCCCUUUUUCGGAUGCCGCCGACGAGGAGAUAGGGAAAAAUAUCGCCUAUCUGAGCAAGGAGCUGGGAACGUACGUUUCGCAGAUCGAACGACAGCAAGUGAUUCAGGCGAUGAAAAUGGCCAAGGGGCACUGGUUUAAGUGUCCGAACGGCCACUAUUACGCCAUCGGCGAGUGCGGAGGCGCAAUGCAGACGGGGAAGUGCAUCGAAUGCGGCGUCGCAAUAGGCGGACACAGCCAUACGUUGCUGUCGACGAAUAGGCACGCCGGCGAAAUCGAUGGGUCCGCUCAUGCCGCGUGGUCAGAGACUGCAAAUAAUUUGUUUAACUUUGAAGGGUUCCUCAAUGGUUAGUUUUAGUGUUUUUUAUUCACAAUGUUUACGAUUCGUUAAUAGAAUAUUAUGAAGUUUU